AUGAAUGAGUGUUCAUACCACUGUUCGGCUCCUGAGUUCCCUGGACUAUAGCAUAACACCCAGCCAGCCCAGAGUCUCAGCAGUCUAGUCUGUCACUGGAUCUGAUAUGAAACCCAGCUCAUCUGGCAGUCCCCAAGCCUCCCCACUGUUCAUUCCCCAAAGAUAAAAACCCAAGAAGCCUCAGUCGCUACAGCCAGGAGAGUGGAGGUUAGGAAGGAAAUGGAAGGCAGUGUGUGUGCUCUGGGCAAUGGAAGCUACACUGAGGAUUUGGGAGAAGGAAUAGAGGUAGGCAGGAGGAAGAGGUAGGAGCCAGUUUCGUUUGUUUAUUGUUUGCCUCAACCUUGAAAUGGAAAAUCACUAUGGAGGUGGAGGCAAAGUAGGUUUGGCCCACACCAGCCAAUGGAGGGAGAGUUGUGGAGGGAGGCAUUGAAAAGAAGGAGGAAGAGGAAGAAGACCCUGGCGCUCUGCCCCUUUGGCUCACCUGUGGGUAAAAAGAAUGUGUCUGUGCAGCCUAUUCUUCUGCAUCCGCUGAGUGCGAAUGGCAUCCUGAGCGCCUCUUCUACUGCUUCCAACAGAUCACGAAAUAGAGCUCGUUAUCGGACCAAAGCCAUGAACUCUGAGGUGGAUGAGAGCCUCUUUGGAGGCAUCAAGCCCCCAGCCCAGAGCCAGAGCCACAGCCCCAUUGUGCUGCUGCGAGACAAGCAUACCAUCCGGAAAACUCUCACUGCCCUGGGCCUGGACCACAAGCCAGAGACCAUCCAGCUCAUCACCAGGGACAUGGUGCGAAAACUCAUUGUUCCCACAGAGGACCCCUCCGGGGAAUCCCUAAUCAUCAGCUCUGAGGAGUUUGAGCGGAUCAAAAGGGCUUCACAUGUUGUGACCAGAGAAGAGUUGGAAGCCCAGGAGCAGGCCUUCAAGAAGGAGAAGGAAGCCGUUGUGGAUGCGGUGACCACACGCAAGAAGAUCAUGAAACAGAAGGAAAUGGCGCGGAAGAACAACAAGAAGCUCACGGACCUGGAGGAGGAGGCCAAGGAUCGGGCCCAGGACCUCCUGCAACGAGCCAGCAAGCUGCGCAUGGAGCAGGAGGAGGAGCUCAAGGACAUCAACAAGAUUAUCCUCAAUGCCAAAUGCCAUGCCAUCCGGGAUGCCCAAAUCCUGGAGAAGCAGCAGAUACAAAAAGAGCUGGAUGCCGAGGAGAAGCGGUUGGAUCAGAUGAUGGAAGUGGAGCGGCAGAAAUCCAUUCAAAGGCAGGAGGACCUGGACAGGAGGAGGCGGGAGGAAAGAAUACGAGGAAGACGACACAUUGUGGAGCAGAUGGAAAAGAACCAGGAGGAGCGCUCACUGCUUGCAGAGCAACGGGAGCAGGAGAAAGAGCAGUUGCUGGAGUACAUGGAGCAGCUCCAUGAGGAGGAUCUGCAGGACCUGCAGCAGAGACACCAGCAAAGGCUGAAGAUGCAAGCUGAGAUUAAGCGCAUCAAUGAUGAAAACCAGAGGCAGAAAGCACAGCUGCUGGCUCAGGAGAAGCUGGCAGACCAGAUGGUGAUGGAGUUUACCAAGAAGAAGAUGGCUCGAGAAGCAGAGUUUGAGGCUGAGCAGGAGAGAAUCCGGAGAGAAAAAGAGAAGGAGAUCGCCCGCCUGAGGGCCAUGCAGGAGAAGGCCCAGGAUUACCAGGCAGAACAGGAUGCCUUGCGGGCCAAGCGCAAUCAAGAGGUUGCAGACCGAGAGUGGCGCAGAAAGGAAAAGGAAAAAGCACAGAAGAAGGUGGAAACUGAGGCUAAGCUGCGAAAAAGUCGACUGGAACAGGUGGCUUUCAAGGAGCACACCCUGGCUGUUCAGGUGCAACGGGACCGGGAUGAGUUUGAGCGGAUUCUCCGGGCUCAGAGAGAGCAGAUUGAGAAGGAGCGGCUGGAGGAGGAGAGAAAGGCCACAGGGCGCUUGCAGCAUGCCAACGAGCUCCGGCGCCAGGUGCGUGAGAACCAGCAGAAGCAGGUGCAGAACCGGAUUGCCACCUUCGAGGAGGGCCGGCGCCUCGAAGAGGAGGCCCAGAAGCGGCAGGAGCGUAUUAACGACAUCAAGAAGAAGAAACUUGAAGAGCUGAGAGCCUCCGGCCUUCCUGAGAAGUACUGCAUUGAAGCCGAGCGCAAAGCUAACGUCCGGCCAGCAGCUCUGUAAACCAAAGGGGGAGCCUUCAGGGACCUUGGGGUGCCUUCGGGGGACAGAUUUUGCCCAGUUUCUGGGUGUCAAUAAUUGCUGCUAACCUAGACAUUUCAUAUGUACAGAUUAAAUCUGUUCUACUUCUCUACGGAA